AUGACAAAGAUGAAGUCAGUGGGGAGGAGGAAGAAUUUAGACAUGAUGGAGAAAUUGAUGAAGAUGAGGAUGAAGAGGAGGAAGAAAUCGGGAAAGAUGUCAUCCAGCAAGGUAGCCAUUGGCAGUGACAUUGGACAGGCCCGCCGGACAGUGGAGCAACUGCGGAUGGAAGCAGGCAUCGACCGUGUGAAGGUAUCCAAGGCAGCCACGGAUCUGCUACAGUUCUGCAUGGAGCAGGCCAAGAGUGACCCCUUUCUCGUGGGCAUCCCAGCUGCCACCAACCCUUUCAAGGAGAAGAAGCCCUGUGUUAUCUUAUGAACCUACAACACCACCUCCAGGACCCUGGACCCCCCCCCCCGGGGGGGUGCUCAAUAAACAUAAAGUGAUUGUUCUUGGGGUACUUGAGUGUGCUGAAGUGGGACACCUAGGGGUUCUGUGGUCUUGUGGGGGCAGUACACACCUGGCCAGGACUCCCUCUCUGCCCACCUCCAGGGGUCACAGCAGCAGCAGUGUCUGCUCACCUGGAACCCUGGGAGGCCUGCAUCUCCACUGACCCACAUACACAUACCUGCAAGGUAGCUGGAGCAGAUGCCUACUUGCUCCAUAUUUUUUGGGGUUCCAGUCAGAAUCUACAUGCCACACAGCCCAUAAGCAUCUCACCAGGUUACUUCAGACACUGAUGCCCACAGUCUUUGGGGCUGGAGUUCACAGGCACACAU